AUGGACUUGGAUCCUAAACCUCCCGAAGAGCCUAACACGCGGGGAGGCUUUGAGUUGCCAUGGUUGGAGAAGUACCGUCCGCAGUACAUCCACGAAAUAGUUGGCAACAUGGAAGCUGUUGCACGCCUUCAAGUUAUUGCGGAGGAGGGUAACAUGCCCAACGUCAUUCUCGCCGGGCCCCCUGGGACGGGUAAGACGACAAGCAUUCUAUGCCUCGCACAUCAGCUGCUGGGGCCCACCUACAAGGAAGCCGUGUUGGAGCUGAAUGCCUCGGAUGACAGAGGCAUUGACGUGGUACGGAACAAGAUUAAGAUGUUCGCUCAGAAGAAGGUCACGUUGCCUCCGGGCCGCCACAAGAUUGUCAUUCUGGAUGAGGCAGAUAGCAUGACGGCGGGGGCUCAGCAGGCGUUGCGCCGGACGAUGGAAAUCUACAGCAAUACCACGCGGUUUGCACUCGCUUGCAACCAGUCGUCCAAGAUCAUUGAGCCAAUUCAGUCGCGCUGCGCUAUCGUUCGCUAUAGCCGUAUAUCUGAUGUCGACAUUCUCUCCCGUUUGCGCUUGGUGUGCGAGAAGGAGGGGGUGACCUACAACGACGAGGGCAUGGAGGCGCUGAUUUUUACCGCAGACGGUGACAUGCGGCAGGCUCUCAACAAUCUGCAGGCGACGCAUAGCGGCUUCGGCUUCAUCAGCCAGGAGAAUGUCUUCAAAGUUUGCGACCAGCCGCACCCCAAGCUGGUGAUGUCUAUUAUUGAAAACUGCAGCAAAGCGGACCUAGAUGCGGCAUACGCGGGUCUUAAGGGAUUGGUGGACCUGGGUUACAGCUCUCAUGACAUUAUCACCACCGUCUUCAGAGUGGUUCGCAACGCGGACAUUCCUGAAUUUCUGAAGCUAGAAUACCUCAGGGAGGUCGGCUUCUGCCAUAUGCGCAUUGCCGAGGGCGUCAACUCUCGGCUACAGCUCAGCGGGAUGCUUGCCAAGUUGUGUUCGAAGACGUUAGCUGUGGCAUAAGGCUCAAUUUGAGGAGACUCCAACUGGUCGGUUGGACGGUUGCUGCGACAUCCUCGUCCUGUUACGACAGCGUCCGGAUUUGGAUAUGUAGGAUUCUGAAGGCCCAUAUGAUAAUUUAUUGAUACCUACGUAACUACACAUGGUGGGAUGCAUGGCUUUUCCAAGGCCUCGUGGUUUCGAAUGGAAACUUUCCAUUGAGCGGCAGCUUGCAAAGCGUACUCUUUGUAGUCCACAACGCAAAAAGGCUCUUUGCAUAAAUAAAGAUUGUAAAUAGUUGGGAUG